CUCCAGCAGACAUGGUAGACCAGCCGCGGGACGUUGCCGGGUGGCUGCGUGCGCUGUGCGAGGAGGGCUGCGUCACCCCGACGCACCCAUGGGCGGCCUGCUCCGCCCGCCCCGCCGGCUUCGACGCGGCGCGCUUCUCCCGCGGCCAGCGCGUCGCGCUGGACAACAUCUUCAGCAUGGCCUACGCGGAGCUCGUGUCCAUGCUCAUGAUGUUCGCCUUCGAGGACCAGACGGCCGUGCUCCUGGCGACGGGCAGGUCGGACACGCCGAUCAAGGCCUACUUCCGGUACCUCUCCACCAUGCGGCGGGUCCGGACGUGGUACGAGGGCGACAUCUGGGACCCCGAGUCCGCGGCCGGCAGGAACGUCAGGGCCGUGCGCGGGAUGCACGACCACGUGACCAGACGGCUGGAGGACUCCGGGACCGGCAGCAGCCUCCACGUCCGAGCAGCCGCCCUCCUCCCCGCCGGCCCCGCCUCUGACCCUGGGCUGGACGGCGGCGUCGCGGGGGCGGCGCGCGAGGCGUUCGCGGACGUGUGCCCCGCCGCCCCGUCGGCCACCGCGACCUGCGCCGCGGGCCCCGCCAUCAACCAGCGCUCCAUGGCUGUGACGCAGGUGGCGUUCAUCGGCCUGUUCGUCUUGGAGCCGGCACGCUUCGGGGCCCACGCCGUGACGGACGAGGACCUGGAUGCCCUCGUGUACGUGUGGUGGAUCCUGGGCCGCGCGCUGGGCAUCCUGGACCGCUACAACGUGUGCGGCGACUCUCUACCGGAGGCUCUAGGGGAGGGGUCGCUCCGGGAUGACGACGGCUUGCUUCGACUCCGCACGGCCCGCGCGCGAUGCCGGGCCAUCGUGGGCGGGUGGGCGCUGCCGCGCCUCGCGCUCGCCUCCGAGCGCUGGCAGCUCAUGGCCUCCGCGCUGUGCGACGGCGCCGCCCUCGCCGCCCCGGGCCUGUCCCUCCCGCUGUCGCUGGGCUUCCUCGUCGACGUCCUGGGCGCGGUCGCGCGCCGCCCCUUCUCGGGCCCGGCCGUGGAGCGCGUCAUGUCACGGCGCGACCGCGUGUGGCGCGUGCUCUACCGCGUCGUCCUGGACCACGCCAUGCGCGCAGCCCCGGGCCGCGCCUUCCACAACGCCCUGUUCCGACUCUCGCUCUGGGUGUCGCACUGGGCGGAACGGACCUGCUGGAGAAGGGAUUCGGCCCUGAGGGGGGAAGGCCCAAACCUGCUCACGCAGUGAUCUUCGGUGAGAAACGUUGACGUCGAUUGGGAUGUCAAUGUGACUUCGAUAGUCGAAGCGCCGACGAUAUUUUGACCUCAAGCAUACAAAUCGGCGUCUAUUCGACGUCUCAUUGACGUCUACGUCGAGGGAUUCUCACUGGGGAUGUCGUGACAUUGGGACAUAGAGGUUUGGUUUUGUGGGGAGGGGGCGGGGCGAAGGGGCGACCCCCCCCCCCCUACGUUUGGCCCAAAUCGCCCCCUGAGGUAGGUAGGCAAUUUGUCCUACAAACCCCUGAAAAUAGGCUACCCACAGUCAAUCGUCCCCUUCGUCAGUCGGACUUAAAACCGCGCCUGCAUCAGAAUUGGGGGUAGGGUAGACCCGUAUGAAAUGUUUACUAAGUUUGUCUGUACAUGAUCUUCACGAUAUUGUGGAAAAUAAACCAAUAGUUU